UCCCGGCUCUCCCCAGCCAGCUUGUUUAUGAUGUGAGCUGGGAUGGCUACAGAGCCCACCGCCUGUCUUUCACACUCCUCGGGUCUGUUUUCAACUGUUACUGCUAUUGUUACUGCGAUCCUAGUUCUACCCUGUAUAUACUGACAUUUACCUGGUAAUUUCGUUUUCAUGGCGUCACGACUUUAGGGUUGGUACCAAGCUUCUUGCCUUGUCCCACUGGGACUGUUCAUCUCAUUUCUGCAUUCACUUUCGUUCUUGCCAUGAGUAUACAGAAUCCUACCACUCCACCAUGCCCUCCGCAUAGCCCCUCACUGUCUCGCAACAGCCUUCUUCAAGCCAUCGACUAUUCCAAGAUAAUAUAACCCAAGAGCACCAUGGGAAACACAUCAUCCACACUGGUCACUCCAGUAAAGGUGCAAAACCGGCUUUCCAAGCCAAAGACGAAGUCCAAUUCCCCUAACAACCUGCCCACUGGUCAGACACACAAGCUCGACCGUUUGGAAGGAUCGCAGAACGAGACAGGGAACGAACCGGCAACACAAUCGAUCGGAAGCGGUUCUAAAAGCAUGUCCAGCGUCCGCGAACACUUGCGAAGAACGCUGUGUGAUACAAGAGCCAGUGCCGAUACUAUGCCCAACCACAACAGCGGCAACGAUUGCCUUGGAGAUAUAGCAUAUCCUGUACAGGAAAGAUUCAUGACUCGUUCAAGAGCAGGCUCAACUUCAUCUGAAGGCCAGACGAGUCCUACCCGUGAUUCGGAUUGCCGGACGGUGGCGGUAGGCCACAGCUCUUGUCUCGAGAGUCAGGACGCGCUGGGUAUCAGUCGGAACCUUAGCAAAAGCGCUUCACCCAAAGAUAUGGGAUCCCUCCGCAAAGCAUUAGGGCCGGAAACGGCCCAUAGGCAAAGCCCCUCACUGCCAACAAAGCCCGACGAUGAACUUACAAAGAGAUCGUCUACAGCCCUAAUAAGGCGUCGUUCCCUUGCUGCUCCUGGUAUUGCCACGCGUGAGACAACGCCGGAGGUUUUGCAGUCAAAGGGUCAACAAUCCGAGGGAUCUUUGUCAAAUGGUAAAGUUUGGGCAAUGGAGGAAUUUGUACCAUCGCCACUUGCGUACCUCGUCAAUCUCAAUUCGACAAGGUCCGAAACACCUGUUAACCUGGAACCUCCUCAGAUUGGAGGCUUAGAGCUAGGAUCGCUGCGGAUCACCAACGGGACCGCGUCCCCAGCACCAAGCGUAUUAUCGAGAAAUAUACCAGCGGCGAACGACUCGGCCGAAGAGCUUCAACAGGACGAUGCGUACGCCACGGAAUUGGAAGGGACAGCCAGCGUCGAAGGUCUGGCUGCCAACAAGGCAAACCACUCACCAAUUCAAAGAGCGUCUCAAGGCCCCAAGAGACGUGGCGCGCGCAAACAUUCAAAAUCUCUCUCGCGUUUUGACUGUCCGUCGAAGAUGCAACGUUGUGAGCCCGCAUUGGGGUCUCCGCAGGGCUUUCCAGUCGAGCCGAUAGCAUCUCCGGAUCAUCCACGCAGUAAGAGAACGUUAAGUGCCCAGCUUUUUGCAGACGACUACAUAGCAGAGAUUUCACCCGGCCUGUAUCCAGAUGGUGUCCCGAGACCCACCAUGACUGUUGACCCGCGAAGUCCCCCGGUAGAAAUGACUACAACACUCGACAAGGAGCCCAAAGAUGGUUUGAUCGGGACUGUCACGGGAAAGUCGAGCAAUUCUGAACGAUAUUACAGCAAGUACCGUCACAGUGUUCAUUCUGGCUAUUCAAGUGGAGCUAGUGUGGCCGGCACUUUGGAUAAACCCGGAGCGGAGAAGGAUUAUUUCCAGCUUCGAAAGCGCCAAUAUACUGUGGAUGCUCCUGGCGUCAUGAUGUCGCCAUUUAGUUUUCAGGAGGAUUUCUCCGAAUCAUCAUAUGUGCAGGAGAGCAGCUCGAAAUUCGCCGGACAAGCUACUCAAAGUACGACUAAGAGUCCGUUGCUGAGGGAAUCGAAAUCGUGGCGCUCUUCCUCUUUCGGAACGCCUUCGACGAUCCCGCCAGACACAUUAACUUCAGACGCAUCCGAAACCUUUGGAUGCAAGAGUCCAGCAAUGAAUAAAAAAUUACAGAAGAAGCGCCCGGGAUCCACACAGCCUGAGGUCAACUCACCCAAAUCCACAAGCGGUGACAACAUUCCUGAUGUCCCAAAAAAGCUGGUGGACACUUUCGAGCGUAGGGUGGUAGGGUCUCCUGGCACAAACGACUUGCAGCAUACGCCUAGCGCGGGCAGCCAUACUGGUACGGACGGCGAAGACGACUCCUCUUCCCCCAGCCCUGCCACUAUUGAGUUCUCAUCUCUGGGAUUGCCAAAAGAUGAUUUCAAAGAUGGAAACCAACACGAAGACGACCGACCACCAACUCCGCCACCUCACCGAUAUCCUCCUAGUUUGUACAGCUCGACUCGGUAUCCUUAUGAAGCUCCAUUACUAGAUGAGACAUGCACCACCAUCAAAGACUUUGGGACUGUAGCUGAUUCACUCGGCGCAUCCCCGUACGACAUCGCCACUAGCUCUCAUCGCACUAGACCUGUGGCAUCCCGAACCCGGACGCAUCCUCACCAGAUUGGCAACGCGAUGUCGAGGCCAAAGUCGAUGUAUAGUAUGACUGACGAGGCCGCAGCGGAGUUUGCGCGCAUGCGAAGCCUUGACCGUAUGAGUACGGACAGUCAAACCCGCAGCAAGUCACGACCACGUACUGAAUCCGCUCCGAACACAAACGUUGCCGGACGUUUGUGGCACCUUAAGACUAAGUACGAGGACAUUCCUCCUGUGCCUCGCAUACCCCCGCACGGGGAGUACAAGGUUCAGUCUCGACAUUCACCACCAGUGGUCGCUCACACCAAACCGCUCAUGAGGCAGGACUCUGCGCAUUCGUCCGCAGAAGAUGAAGCACCGCCGUCUGAGCCAAGAUCCCAGAGAGAAUGGGAGCAGACGCAUCGCUCAUGGUCAAAACGACGAAAGGCAAUCAAGGAAGCCAUGAAACUACUUGAAGAGCAGCUGGAAGCCACGAAGAUGCCACCAAAGCGACCGGCCAGGAACACGGCUUGGCCAACAAAAGCUAGAGAGCGACCUCUGUCAGAAGGCUCGACGAGAUCGGGUGGGUCAGAUAGGAAUGUUCUUUGCGACAGAUACGGCGGCGGUCUACGCUACGGGUACGAGGCAGGGUAUGGACUCAGUGGUAGUGCAGGCACAAGGCACAAGCAGAGCGCAGCGAGCAGAAAGAGCGCGCAUGUGGCAUAUACAUAUGGAGUGGAUUUGUCGGAUAUUCCAGUGUUUGUGCAGGAGAUGCGUUGAUUUCAGCUCUGAUUAAUGGUUUUGCAUGGCAAUGUUUUCAUGUUUUUAACAGACGAUGAAGAUGACGAUGACGAUGGCGAUGACGAUGACGACGACGAUAUAUUUGAGCAUACACAAGCCAAAGAGCUAUGAAAGUGGCGUUAUGGGAUGAUUUACAUGAUGGUAUACGAUUAUUGGGUAUAUAUUGCUCGCGAUUUACUGGAAAGGAUAAUUGAUAUAGUAAUUGACGUAC